GUUUGGGUUUGGACUAUUUUGUUUAGAGACCCCUGUGGCACUCGCGAGAGUAUGUCGUGAGUGUUUAUUUCGUUGUGAGUGGUGGUCUGAUGGUAGCUGAGUGAGUUUGUGAAGGUAGAUUUAUUUACGUGUUUUCUAAUUACGGUGAAGUGUUGUAUAUCUGUGGGCAGUAUUUAAAAUUAAAAUGCCCCCAACAAUACAGACUAAUUUAAAUGCUGAUAGAGACAAGAGACCUCCAAGAGCUGGAGAAAAGAGAUCUGAACUUGUUUGCAGAGUGAAGUAUUGCAACACUCUUCCUGACAUUCCAUUUGACCCAAAGUUUAUAACAUAUCCAUUUGAAUCCAGAAGGUUUAUUGAAUAUAAUCCUACAUCUUUGGAAAGGAAUUAUAAAUAUGAAGUUCUUACGGAGCAUGACUUGGGAGUAACAAUAGAUCUCAUAAAUAAGGAUCUAUAUACUCCAGAUUUUAGACAGAUGCUUGAUCCUGCGGAUGAAAAACUACUAGAAGAAGACAUUCUUACACAGCAAGAUUCAAAAAGAUCUCGACAUCAUGGGAUGAGUGUAUCUUGGCUCAGAAGAACUGAGUACAUUUCAACAGAACAAACAAGAUUCCAGCCACAGACUAUGGAUAAAGUUGAAGCAAAAGUUGGAUACAGCAUCAAGAAGAACUUUAAGGAUGAAACUUUAUACAUGGAUCGUGAAAGUCAAGUUAAAGCAAUUGAGAAAACUUUUACAGAUUCUAAGCAAACCAUCGAAAAACAUUAUAGCAAACCCAAUAUUGUUCCUGUUGAAGUUUUACCAGUUUUCCCAGACUUCAAGCUUUGGAAGUACCCUUGUGCUCAGGUCAUCUUCGACUCAGACCCUGCGCCAGUAGGACGACCUGUGCCAGCCCAGAUUGAGGAAAUGUCUCAAGCUAUGAUUAGGGGUGUAAUGGAUGAAAGUGGUGAACAGUUUGUUGCAUACUUUCUACCUACUGAGACUACAUUAGAGAAACGUAAAGCUGACUUUGUUAACAAUAUUGAAUAUGCCGAAGAUGAGGAAUACGAGUACAAGAUGGCACGAGAAUAUAACUGGAAUGUCAAAAGUAAGGCCAGUAAAGGGUACGAGGAGAAUUAUUUCUUGGUCAUGAGGCCUGAUGGAGUCUAUUACAAUGAGCUGGAAACUAGGGUGCGAUUGAGCAAACGAAGACAGAAGGCUGGGCAGCAAGUGAACAACACUCGUCUUGUAGUGUGCCAUAGAACACUAAACGCCUCUGAGUUUAAGAUGCAGCGUUAUCGAGAGAAACAAUUGGAACCUGCGAAUGAAGACGAAGAAGAGGAGGAGGAGGAAGAAGAAGAGGAGGAAACUGUUCAAGAACAGACUAAUAACGAUAACAAAUCAGAUGAUGAUGAUGAUAAAGCUAAUUCCGAAAAAGGUAGGAAAAGUCACAGUGGAAGUGAAAAAGAAGACAGUGACAAAGAAGAGAGUAGGAGGGACAGAGACACAGAGAAAGAGGGAGAAGAUAGUGAUAAAGAAAAAGAUGACAGUGACAAAGGGAGAAAUGAAAGUGAUAAAGAAAAAGAAGAUAGUGACAAUGAGAGAGGUGAAAGUGAUGGAGAAAGGCAUGAAAGUGAUCAGGAAGGUGAUGAUGCCGCUAAGGAGAAGCUUGGCAAUGAGAGUGAUGAUGGCCGAAGUGGCAGUUCUUCAGACUCUGGAAGUGCUAGUGAAAACGAGACAGAAAAUAAAGAAGUUGAGAAGAUAAGUAACAGGAGUGAUGCUGCUUCUCAUAGUUCUGGCUCUCGUAGUUCGUCCCGUUCACGCAGUCGCUCCCGCUCAGCCCAACGUUCCAGGUCUCCAUCUCCUCGCAGGUCACGCAGUCGUUCCCAGUCAGCCCAACGAUCACCCUCUCCUCACAGGUCCCGCAGUCAUUCAAGUGCAAGUGGCAGUGGCAGUGGUAGCGAAUAAUAUCAUAUGUUAUAUCUUCUCAAAUAUAUCAUUAAUGUUUGUAAAUA